AUGACGGAUUCUUUAAAUCCACCACUUUCAUACGAGGCUUCAGCCACCACCACUCAUCCUCUUGUCGCGACGACUCUCCCUCACGAGGUAAUUGCGUGUCUGAAAAACUCCAGAUUCCUCCAUCUUGCAACUUGCGAUGGCCUUACUCCCCACAUCUCUCUCAUGUCCUACACCUAUCUGCCAUCAACCCCCUUUGAUCCAUAUCCGACAAUCAUUAUGACUACGAAUCCUUCGUCACGCAAGACGAACCAUCUCAUGACCAAUCCACGAGUCUCUCUUUUAGUUCAUGACUGGGUGUCUCACCGUCCUCCCACCCGCGCCCCCAAUCCCAGUGGGCAGCGCGAUGGUUCCCCGCCGCCCGUUGCAACUCGAUCGUCCUUGGCUAGUUUGCUUCUCAAUCUGAACACCAGCGCACUAUCCAGCAUUUCAACAACUAUCACUGGUACCGCCCGAUUUUUGGAGCCAGGUUCGGAGGAAGAAGCCUGGUGCAAAGAGAGGCAUCUGGAGAACAACACUUUCGAGGAAGAGCUGGGUAUGUUCGGUCAACAGCAGCAUGCUGCUGGUCAACGGAGACCCAGUCUAUCAAUUGACAAUGACGUACGGGUUGUCACGGUCCGGGUAAGAGAAGGUCGCAUUGCAGAUUGGAAGGGUGGCGUACGGGAUUGGAAACUGGUCUCUGAACGCGAGCAACAAGCCGACGAACCACUUGUCAACGGGACCGUGACUCCAUAG